AUGAAUUCUUUCAAUCAGAAGCCUCUGAAAUACCGAUUACAAAAGCAGCUUGAGAUUCGUCUCAGCUUAUUCAUUGCAGAGCGCAAUCUGCCAUUAUCUGCUUUGGAUCAUUUGAACAAGUGCUUGAAAUCGGUUAAUGAUUCCAAAAUAAUCGCAAAAUUUACAACGAAUAGAAUCAAAGGGCAAACAAUAAUAAAUUCUGUUACCGGUCCACAUAAUUGCAAGUUGAUUUCCGAUAUAACUAAUAAGCAAUACUAUUCUGUUAUUAUCGAUGAAAGCACAGACAUUAGCUUGAACAAAAAUUUAGCAAUUAUUAUAAGGGUCUACCGGGUAAAGUGUCAAGAUCGAUUCCUUGAUUUUGCGCCAGUCAACGACUCGUCAGCUGAGGGUACUUUUAAGGCUUUACUUAAAGUGUUAAACGGUCAUAACGUACCAAUCAAGCAUAUGUUGGGCUUCACAACGGAUAACUGCAGCGGUCACGUUUGCCACGGUCUAAACUUGUCGUCUGAAGCAGCUGCUGCGACACUUCCGACAGGAAUUGAGAAGCUUGUUCGUGAUAUUAAUAAACACUUCUCUCACAGCCCAAAUAGGAAAGGUGAUUUUGAGAACUUUCAAACGGAAUUCGGAACCGAACUGCAUGCUAUAAUUGAAAUAUGCCCCAACACGCUGGCUUUCGAGGAAG